AUUAACAAAAGUUUACCCUAGCGACGUUUCCGGGAUUUUAAUAAAUUAAAUGAUAAAAUGACUUUAAAUUCACCAGUGCUGUAGGUAAACAAAAUAUAACCUGUAAACAUGGUGCUAUCUGACAUGCCUUUUGAGAAGAGCCGGCUGAUCCACAGUCGAUACAGCACAAUGCGCCGACCUGACAGCGCUCCUGCUCCCAUGGAGGAGGACAAAAGGGACAAGAUCAGCAAGGAAUAUGCAGCAUUUCUCAAGGAACAAGAGCGGAAGGUAGGACCGGAGGGGUUUCUUGACUCGACACGCUACAGCCACACCUUCCAUGUUAAGAAGGAGAGGGAGAAACUUAAGACCCAGGGUGAAACCAGCAAGCCGACCGUUGUUCGUUUGUCCACACAGAUUGACGGCGACAAAAAGGAGCAUGACAAAAGGAUAAAGAUUAUAGAGACAAGUAUCCAACAGUUGAAGACAGAGUUUCAGGACCACAUGUGGCAACACAAGCAGGAGGAACGCGAGAUGAAGCGCACGGAGGGAGACAUCAUCAAGAACCAGCGGGCAGUCAAGCACAUGCUCAGAGGCUAUGAAAAUGUUAUAAACAAGAAGAGAAUGGCAGAGGAAGUCAAGUUGAAUAAAGGCUUGGAAAAAUACACAGUACUCCGGAAGGAAUAUACCCACCAAGCCCAUGAUCUGGCAAAGCAGAGAACAGAUAAGUCCAAGCAGGAUGAGCAAAUCAAUAAGGCCUCUGGUAGAAAGGUCACCCUCAAAGUGUCUGACCUUGCGAGAACAUACAAGUCCAAAAUGAGUGAGAUGGAGCUGAGACAGAUAGAGCUGACGAGGAUCAACCAAGAAUUUGAGACCAAGAUGAGACAGAAAGAGCAAGAGAAGCAUCGGUUGAAGCAGGAGCUGGCGGAGUUGGCCAUCGCUCUCAACAUGGAGGCACAGAAAGGACGAGUACAAUCAUUCGAGGCCAACAGAGAGAAAAAAAGGGAGACAACAAACAAAAUUGUGCAAGAUCUCACUACCAAACAGGAUUUGGAAAACAAACUUGCGAAGAGUGAUGGUGACAACAAGCAGGCCGAGAUGACGAAGCGGAAGCUGGCUGCCGAUCUUGCACUCACCAAGGCACACAUCGCCAUCAAACAGAGAGAUGACCAGCGUCACUUGAAGAGUACACUGAUUCGCCUGGACGAUAAUUCCAACGUGCAGCGUGAUCUGAACGAGGCAGCCUUUCACGCAGAGAUGGAUCUCCGCAGCAAACAGAUGCAGCAAAACAUUGAGGUCCACACAUCGCGGCGAGCUCUCCUGAUGAAGAAGACCAUGAAGCAGAAGAAGGUGACAGAUGAGGCCAAACAGAAGGUCUGGGAAGAGAGGUUCAGGAAACGUGCCAGUGAGAAGGCCAGACUUGAACAUGAGGACUCACUGAAAUUCUUCCAGAAAAUGGUAACGAAAGGUGAAGAGCAGGAGCAGCACCUGUAUGGCAAGGUUCGCAAUGCUGAAUACAGUCGCCAGAAACAGGAUCAGGCCGUGCGACGUCUACAGCAACAGUUGGCGGAAGUAAAAAGGCGUAAUGCAGCCAUCGUCAAGCAAACGCUGGCGGAACGUAACCAAGAGGAGGUUGAAUUGGAGCAGGCUCUGAUCAGGGAGAAAGCUGAGCUUGAUAAGACCCAUGCUGAGCGUGAGGAGAGCUACACUCGUCUCCAGAAACACAGAUUCCACCUUCAGUCAGACAAACACAAUCUUGAGGAACAUGAAUUGGGACACAAGCGACUGCAGCGGAUCGGACAGCGCACUCAACAGUCGGUUGACUGUUACUAAAUUGAGAGGUGAAAGUGAAAACGUUCUAUCUGCUGCUUCAUUUAAUGUCAGUUAGAACCUUUCCACUUUCUUUUACUCCUCAAAACCUGUGUCCCCAUGGUGACACUAUGUGUCCCCAUGGUGACACUAUGGUUGCAGUGUUUUCACAGACCAGUGAAAAGCACUGUUGUGUGCCUUGUCCUCAAUUUAUAUGAUACGGGCAUUGAAAUGCUGCAUAAUAUUAUAGUUCCAGUACUUACAAACAGAUCACAUUCAUCUAGGCAAAGGUGACUUAGCUUGUUACAGGCUGAGUACAGAGAAAACUGUCUGACUCCUUGUUACUUAAAUUUAUGAAAAAAAUGGCAUUGGGUUGUCCAAAAAAAAGUAUACUUGUAAUAUGAAUAUGAAAUUAAUUAUAACUGCUUGUAUUAAAGGUGGAAAGAGAAAAGCUAGCCUAAGCAUUGACAAUGCAUCCAUAAAUUAAUUAUCAAGCCUGCUGUAAAUUAUAUUUGCUUUUCUGUGUGCCGAUUUCAGUGUACCUAUGAUGGAAGUACAUGCAAGUUUUCAUUGCAAAACAAAUAUCAAUCUCAAGUUAUGCUUACUUCAUAAUGUAAUUGCACUUCACCUUUAUGGUUAAGUUUGCUGAAUGUUCAGAUUUGCUCUGAAUAAUAAACUUCAUUACUUUGUAUAGAUAUGAUAUAAAGCUAUUCUUUAAAAUAUGAAGAGUGUGCCUGUCCAUCAAUGUUGGGUAUAAUAUGCCAUCUCUCCCUUACAUGCCCUAUAAUUGAGUUGUUUUGUCUGACUUUCUGAUAUAAUUUAAAUCUUAUGUAACUGCAAGCCGUAUCCUUGAAAUUGUAAACAAACUUUUAAAACUCUGAUAUGAUUUUACUCUCAAAAGUUGCAUAAUUUAAGUGAACAAAUAUUGGAUUAUUGUAGGGUAUGACACACUGAAGUGGACAUAAGGGCACUUGUAUGGGAUGAUUAGAAAUAUGAGAUGUUCCUGGAUUUGUUUGCUAGAGUGCCUAAUUUUAAGUUCACACAGUAUGUACCAUUGACUCAGUGCCUAUCAGGUGCUCAUGUAUUGGUAUGGAGUCUUUAGGACUAUGUUGAUUAAAAUUAACAUACCAAUUGCAUUUCCUAAGUGAGCAUAUAUCCAUUUAAUUGCAUUCAUUCUCAGAUGAAGGCUACAUGUUAUCCCUCUGAUAAUACACAACAAAGGUUGUUAUUGGUCAAAGGAAUCCAGUGAUUUUUUUGAUGCUGCAGCUGUUUAUAGGCCAAAUUAAGCACCAUAUUCAAUUGUCUUGGAGGCAUUAUUUUAGCACCAUUGUUGAAUUUCCAAUAGUUUUUUUAUAAAUAAGUGUAAAUAUAAACAUUGAUUACACUGACCAAAUAUACUGAUUAACCAAGAUGAACGGCUAUACUAAAAUGUUCAAUUCUAAAUUGUUGUUGUCUUUAUAUAGAUAGGGCCUAUCUGGAAUAGCUGUAUGACUGUAAUGAAUUUGUUUUCUUUGACAUGAUAUGUUUAAGUCUGUGAUUAUAAGCCUGUGAUCAUGUUCCAAUGAUACUUCUACAGUGUAUACAUGUACUAUGCCAACAUGUCAUUGAAGUGAUGCCUUAACAGUUUUUGUGUACUGAAGUAUUCUCACAUUUUGUUACUGUCAGCAUAACGUUUUACUAUUCAUACAAUUCAUAUUAAUCAAUUACAGUGUUGUAUGUUGAAUUGAUCUGUUGUUAAAGCAUGUAUCGAUGUUGCACUCUUGUUUGUUAAAAAACAUUUGAUAUAGAUAAAUAUCAGCAUCGGUAUGGCAUUACAUGAGAAUAUAAAUUUUACUUAUUCCAUCAAAGAUAAUGCUUGAUACAGAAUUUAAAAUACCUCACUUAUUUCAUAAGUUACUCUAUUAGUUAUUCUGUGAUAUAUUUCUGUUUUUAUUAUGCACAUUUUAUCACAGACAUAUUAUGUUUAUUUGCUACAAUAUUUUUGUAGUCAUUUUUAUCCUGUUUUUUUUUUGAUUUCAAACAUACUUUAUCUUUUGCUUUCGAUUUUUUAUGAUAUGCAUGUUUAAGAUCACUGUGAAGAAGAAGUUGACAUGUCCAACUACAAAUAAUUUUGUAAAGAUGAUGAUGUGCUGCUAUCCUUUUGAUUUUACUAUUUGGAAAUAUUUAUUUCUACAUAUAUUUUCUACCAAAAUGAUACCAGCAGUUAUUAGUCUCAUGAUUUGUUAAUAUGAUAAGCUCAUGUUAUGUUAUACAAGUGUGUUUCUUGCUGACUUCUAAUAUUGUGUAUUUGGCCACAAUUUUUAUGUUUCAGAUCAAUGUUAUUGUGAAGAAAUAAACAGUUAUUAUUG